AUGUUGCUGGGCGACCCAACCGGCGGGUCACCGUCGUCGUCAUCGCCGUCGUCCUGGAUGUCCGCCAUCGUCGCCCACUGGCGCUCCUACUGCCACACCCACCGCAUCUUCCUGGUCGUCUUCGUCCUCUUGACGAUCUUCGUGCUGGAAAAAUAUCGGUCUGCGCUGGCUAGCACGUUUGUGACAAGCAGCGAUCCCGUUGUUGUCGUUCCUGGAUCAUCAUCAUCACCACCAUCACCAGUCCAAGAAGGGCAACAUUAUGAACCCUACCCUGAAGCCGGAGCCGGCACGGCACCCGCAAAUGAGGAACCACCAAAGCCCAAACAAUUAACACCCGAAGAACUCCUCGACUUGUCCCAGCAAAACGCCGGCAACGCAACCCUGGGAUUCCACUCCAUCAAGUACAUCAACAUGAAGGCGCGGUAUGAUCGCGAGGACGCCAUGGCACUGCAGGCGUACCUUUCGGGACUGAAGAUUGACGAUUAUCCGGCCGUCGAGGCCGAUAUGAUUGAUCCUGUUGGCAUGCCGCCUACGCAUCGCCCGGGGAAGCUGAAGAAUGGCGAGAAGGGGUGUUGGAGGGCCCAUGCUAAUAUCUGGUCCGACCAAACCCGCUCCCGCCUUCCCCCCAUUUUGAUUCUCGAAUCCGACGCAGCCUGGGACCUCCAAAUCCGCCCCAUAAUGUCCCUUUUAAACGCUCACUUCAUCACCUUCCUCAACAACAUCUCCUCCACCCCUGUUCACGACCCCUCUUUCAACUCGCCCAAUAACCACAAAGUCCACGGCAAACCUUCUUACAACCCCUCCAACCCCAUCCUCCCCAACCCCGACGACCCCUGGCUUUCCGAACACUGGGACUUGUUUUCAAUCGGGCAAUGUUUCGAGUACUCCCAAGACCACGACAUCAAACUCGUUUACGACGACGAGUCUGUUCCUGAAGGAAAAGAGUAUUGGGGACAGAAAAUGGGGAAGGAGAGGGUUAUUAGGAAGUCAGGGGGGAUUACGUGCACGACUGCUUAUGCGAUUAGUCAUACCGGUGCCGCGAAGCUGUUGUUGAGGAGUGCGAUGGAUUUGGAUAACCCCGUGGAUUUGCUGAUGAGGAGGUUGACGAUGAGUAGGGAUUUGGUGGCGUAUAGUCUGUUUCCGCCCGUGGUGGCGCAGUGGGAGUAUAUUGGUGGCAUUGGAAUGGGGGAGAGGGGGGCACAGAGUGAUAUCAAUGGCGGGAAACAUAAGGAUACUCCCGAGAAUGCGCACAUGCCGGGGUGGAAGGAUGUCAAGGAGAAGGGAACCAUUUGGACAACAAAGGGACAUCAUAGUGAUGUUGGGUUCAAGAAUAUGGUGCUUAAGGAGGCGUGGACCGAGAUCAUUGGUGAGGAACCAAAGAAGUUUGAGGAGAGUUUGUGGAAUCCUGAGACGAAUGAUUAA